GCGUUUCCGGCUCCCGAUUGACACUCGCCACCCCUCAUCUCGUGGGUUUCCUGGGCUCAUCCGGCUGCUGGAGCAAAGAGACAGCCGCCGCUGCUUUCCUCUUGAAAGCCUUGGGCACAGCCAGCAGGGUCGAAGCUCUCAGGCACCGUUUCGAGAAGUUGUUGGGGUUUUGUUAAAGGGCUCCUUUAGCUUUUCGUUUGGGUUUUUUCAAGCCCUGUCUGCCUUCCGGAGAGUGAACUCUUCAUCUGCUGUGAAGGGCUCUUACGAGUUUUCUCUCCCGCCUCCGUUUAUCUGGAACCCGCUGAACCCAAUCAUGGUGAUGUUCAAGAAGAUCAAGUCUUUUGAGGUGGUCUUCAACGACCCCGAGAAGGUGUACGGCAGCGGGGAGAAGGUGGCCGGCCGGGUGAUAGUGGAAGUGUGUGAAGUUACUCGGAUCAAAGCCGUCAGGAUCCUGGCUUGCGGAGUGGCCAAGGUCCUGUGGAUGCAAGGGUCUCAGCAGUGCAAACAGACCUUGGACUACCUGCGUUAUGAAGACACGCUCCUCCUAGAAGACCAGCCAACAGGUGAGAACGAGAUGGUGAUCAUGAGACCUGGAAACAAAUACGAGUACAAGUUUGGCUUUGAACUUCCUCAAGGGCCCCUGGGAACAUCUUUCAAAGGAAAAUACGGUUGUGUCGACUACUGGGUGAAGGCUUUCCUUGAUCGCCCCAGCCAGCCGACUCAGGAGGCAAAGAAAAACUUUGAAGUGAUGGAUCUAGUGGAUGUCAAUACCCCUGAUUUAAUGGCACCGGUAUCCGCUAAAAAGGAGAAGAAAGUUUCCUGCAUGUUCAUCCCUGAUGGGCGUGUGUCCGUCUCUGCUCGAAUUGAAAGGAAAGGAUUCUGUGAAGGUGAUGACAUCUCCAUCCAUGCCGACUUCGAGAACACAUGUUCCCGGAUUGUGGUCCCCAAAGCAGCUAUUGUGGCUCGGCACACUUACCUUGCCAAUGGCCAGACCAAAGUGUUAACGCAGAAGCUAUCCUCAGUCAGAGGCAAUCACAUCAUCUCGGGGACCUGCGCCUCGUGGCGAGGCAAGAGCCUCCGUGUGCAGAAGAUCAGGCCAUCCAUCCUGGGCUGCCACAUCCUGCGCGUGGAGUAUUCCCUGCUGAUCUAUGUUAGUGUUCCUGGCUCCAAGAAAGUCAUCCUUGACCUUCCCCUGGUGAUUGGCAGCAGGUCAGGUCUGAGCAGCAGGACUUCCAGCAUGGCCAGCCGAACGAGCUCUGAAAUGAGCUGGAUAGAUCUAAACAUCCCAGAUACCCCAGAAGCCCCUCCUUGCUAUAUGGACAUCAUUCCUGAAGACCACCGACUAGAGAGCCCCACCACGCCUCUGCUAGAUGACAUGGACGGUGCUCAGGACAGCCCUAUCUUUAUGUAUGCCCCCGAGUUCCAGUUCAUGCCUCCACCCACCUACACUGAGGUGGAUCCCUGCACUGUUAACAAUAACAACAACAACAACAACAACAACAACGUGCAGUGAGCCCGUGGGAGAAGAGAUGCGUCUAUACUCACUCAUUUCUUUCCCCUCUCUGCUUGGACGCCAGUGUUUCAGAGACUUAGUCUGAAAGUGGAGAACGGGUUCACCCCAGCCUCUGACUCCACAUCUGGGUGAUCAACAGGCGGGUCCCUGGCUUCAAGUGGCGCAGACACAGCCAGUGCCCGCCCUGUGGUGUAGGAGCGUUUGCUGGGUGGAUAGAAGAACACUCUAAAAAAUUCAGACCCCGUCCACUUUCUCUCAGAUCUUGGAAAUGAAGACAUUGUCCGCAGUUUUUGAGUCGGUGUGAAUGACCUUCUGGCAUGGUCUUUACAAGGUUUUUUUUUAUUUGGAGGAGUUACAGGUUAACAGCAGACCAUGCAUUUCUGUGCCAUGGGGGACAGAAUCAGCUUCACAUACUAGAUAAUCAUGGCCAAAGUUUGGAAGAGGUGUUUUUUUAUUAGUAAUAUUUUUUUAAUCAGUGUUCCCUUUUUAUAACCUUAAAAGGAAAAUGAAAAUCUUCCAAGGCUGUGUGGUUUAGGCUUGGGUGAUGGUGGCCACCCUGUGACUUACAGGGUAGCUGCUCCCAGUGAACUUUAACCUAGGCUCAGAGCAGUCGUGGCUGCACCCACCAACAGCCAUAAAAGCCAUUUUACAGCCAGUUGCACUGUGUUCUCUUACAAACUUAAUCAAAUGGGAGAAUCUGUUAUUUCCGUGUGACUCCUUGGAAUUGAUUCUAAGGUGAUGUUCUUAGCACUUUAGCUCCUGUCAAUUUUGUUUUAAUCUCGAUUGCAGAUGUAAACUCUACUACUAUGUGUCUUAAGGGUUAAGCCCAAUGACAGGGCAAAAUGGAUUUUUGUGUUUGGGUUUUUUUUUUUUUUUUUGAGAUGGGGUCUCUCUAUCCUUUGUUAGCCUGGAACUCUACAUAGACCAGGCUGGCCUCGGAGAUCCCUCUGUCUCUGCCUCCUGAGCGCUGAGAUUGAAGGCUCAUCUUGGUUAUUACUUUUUGAGACUUUGUCCCAGUGUGCAAAAUUGUGUAAUUCUGAUUCGAAUAUGAAGGGUUGCCGCCCUGUGUGUAAGCCUCUGCAUUGAGAUACCGCAGCGCUGAUCAGGGUCUCCAUGCGUUGCAAUGAGAACUGCAGGUUUUCACGAAAGCCCCCAGACCCAUGUUCUGCCCAGUGUUAGGAGAAAGGACUCUUAACUGCUUUCACUGUGGCCACUAGCACCUGAUCAGUCACUUUCAGCCAUAGCACUUUGUCCAUUGUCCUGUGUCAGCACUGAGUUCCACCCUUUUCUGAGAACUAUGCAAUCAGAAAGCAUGUGAGCUGAUGGUGGUUUCAUUUUUGUUGUUUUUGUAUUUUGUGUAUCCUUUUUGUAUGACAAAAACUAUAUUUUGUACUUAUCCAAAUAUAUUUUCACCCCAAGGUGGGGAUAUCCUUUGUAAAAAAAUAAAAUAAAAAUAAAGUUUUUUAAUGGCAAAAA